AUGGUGGCAAUCACGAUUACAUUCGAAAAGGACAACGUCCAGCCUCCAGUGUAUAUUGCUGGAUCGUUCACGGAGUGGUCCCCGAGAGAGAUGAGCUUCGAGACGGCCCCAACGACCGGCUCUACCCAGAACGUCUUCUUGUACAAGGCUGACCUCGAGCCUGGUGAUUACCAAUACAAAUUCAGGCUCGGACCUGGUGAUUGGUGGGCCCUGGAUGAAUCAAGCCCAACAGCAAAUGAUGAACAAGGCAAUGUCAACAAUGUCAUUUCCGUCAAAGCUCAGGUGUCUGAGUCCCCGCCCGAAGACGCUAGUGAACAGAUCUCCAAGCCCGUUGCUUCCAUCCUCAAUACAAGGGACGCUCACAUCAUAGAAGACGAACCUGUUCGCCCGAGCGAGAAUGGUCUUCCAUCACAGCACAAAGAUGUUGAACCUUACCCUCCUGCUGCAGAGGUCGUGUCGAAUCUCCUCGAGCCUCAUGAUUCCAAAGAGAACGGAGUUAGCGCGCAAGAUCCUAAGAUCAUCGACGUGAAGCAAGUCAAUCUUGACGAUAGUGCAGGCAAAAUAGCAGGAGAUGAUAUCGCCACCAGAAAGGAUUCAAUCCCGGACUUUGCUCCACCGCCAUACUCGAUCGCUACCAACGGGAAUGUCUCGCCUCCUGCAACUUCAGGCACUGACGCUGUUCCCUCCGAAAAGCAACCGGCGGGACCAACCGCCAAUGGAAACCCAGAAACUACCCCGGAAUCGUUCAUGUCGAGGAUUUGCAACACCAGAAAUCUAGUGUUGGUCGUCGCAAUCGUCGCUGUCCCUGCUGCUGUAUCAUAUUACCUGCGGCGAUAG